AUGAGAUUAUUUGCACUUGCUUACUUGUAUAUUGAAGGAACUAAAAAGAAUAAUGGUGCUUAUACAAGUAUUUUAACUUUGUUCUUUGAAUCCUUAUUUAAUUUAGGAUUAAAUAAUAUCAAUUUUUUUCUGACCGAUAAAGAUUUCGCCCAGAUUUCAGCGGUAUCAAAAGUUUGGCCAAACUCUUAG